AUGUCGCACCUCAAGAGUCGACUCUUGCCCAACGCGGUAGAGAUGGAAUACGAUUACGCGUUCGACGUCAACUCGACAGAUAUCCCAGUACGCAUACGCCAGCAGAUCCCACCAGAGUUCGUGUCAACAGAGGCUUCCGAUAGAGGCAUGACGAGAUUGAUGAAGGGUGAGCUAGGCUGGCGCACCCAAGUCAGCCCAAAUGGCCAAUGGAGUGUUUGCCAAUUCAAACGAGGGCAUGGUGUUGUUGUGUUUAUGGUACCAACCAGUUACCUUCGAAUCGGUGCAAAAGUCUCCACGAAUCUACUUGAUCAGUAUAUGGAUACCACAACUACUCCCUACACGGUUGUCAUCCAUGGAGAUACUGCUGGUAGAUCCUGUUUUCGUCAGAUCAUACCAGAAACGCCGCAUCAGCCGGAAAUGUAUCGAUACUCUUCUGAGUUCUUGUUUCCUACAAUUUGGGAAGACAAGAAUCACAGAUUCGCUCAAUUAGCCCUUGCGCCCAACUUCAAUUUCACCAUCAAUCAGCAAACAAUUGAUGGUGGCAAUAUCCAGGCCGGCAAAUUGUGCAAUCUAGUGAUAGAGGUCACAGUUGACAAAGUACGGCAUCCCCGUCCCUACAUCAUUGUUCCCGACAUUGGCGUGUACGAGGACUUUGGCCAAGGGUCAUGCAUGAGCAUCUCGAUUGAGUCAUAUGACGAGGAUACCAAGAAAUGGUAUUGCACGCGCAUCUUCCAUCGACAUCCGCUCAGCGCGGUGGAGGCAGGCAACUAUACACCUCUACCGUGGCUGCAAGUGAAGAGAAUUCUCCAGCUUCUCGAAGGUACACGAUAUGCGACGACCACUCCCCAUUUCAAGGACCAAUCAUUCUCAGUAGAGUCAAUGCAGCACUUGAACUACAAUCAAUUGGCUCAGACUGUCGGAUUCACAACUAUUCCACAUCCCGAAUUUCAUUACACACCACUCCCUCGCCUGAUGACAAUGGAGGACAAUGCUGCUCUAAUGGCACAGAAAUAUCCAUUCCUGGCUAUUGGAUCAGGUGCUGCUCCUUCAUUCAAAGAUCAAAGUAUCAAGUGCCCAGACAAUAGUGACCAAUCAAAGAAUCUCACCAUGUGCGACUUUUGCUGGUGGCUGACACAGAUUUCAGCAUCCAAGCUUGAAUGCGUUGGAGAUUCGGGGGAGUGCGAGUCGUGUACGCAGCUGCUACGUCGCCCAUGUACAUGGACAGAUCGACCGAUGCUGCUAAAAUGGCAAGAUCUCGAUGAUCCACAUCAUCUCUGGUUUGGUCAAAUGGAGGGCCAUGUCACUCGUGAAGAGAUUUUUCAGCCUUUGGGUACUCUAGCCAUGAUUAAAUCACUUGCUGCUCGGGUGAACGAUAGUGAUGCCCGAGACAAGUCCACUGUUGUUUAG